AUGAAUAGUGCUACGCUGGACUCUCACUACCAGCCAAGCAGACCAGAGCUGGUCGACCAAUUUGAUGCUUUUCUCUACAAUGCUGCCCUGUUGCACGAUGACAUAGACAUCCCUCUUGAGCACCAGCCAGUCAGCACAGAGCAUGAAGACGAUGUCCCCAACCAAGAAGCCGUCAAUGGUAUUGCUCGCUCGAAACGCCCUGCACAGCCAGUCUGGCGCGACUUGGGCCUGCAGCGUCUCAUGUCGCAGUCUACAAGAGAGCACAAUGAGCUACUUGACAUGGGCGACAGGCUGCGCGAGGCUAUGCAUAUCGACCAGCGUUCUCAGGGAACAGCAGGCCAAGUCUCCGGAGAACCAGCCAGAAACAUGCGGUAG